AUUGUAAUGUACGACUCAAAGGCUCAUGCUGAUACACCGCGCGAGAACAAUCUUGCACAUCCAACUUCUCAAUGUUUUGCGCCUUUCGAUGUAAUUUUGCACAAAUGGCCGUAAUAAUGUGGCGUACAUGCUGUCGCGCAAUGCCAUGGGCCAGCUGUUGUCGCCCACACGGGGUCCGUGUCUUCGGCGCCAUCCUCGCCGUUGUCCUGUUCCUCGAACCCGGCCUCGCCAGCAGCGGUGACCGCUCCUGGGUGUUCCAGUCGUGUCUGGCGCAUUGCAGCUCCAGCGGCUGCACUCGGCUGCCGCACGUGCCCGUGUCGGAGCAGCAGGCGCUGGGCAUCUACAGCUGCCCUGCCGCAUGCGCCUCCGCGCUCCAGGCAGGUCACAAGCAGCCUGGCAUGCCUGGGGCCUCCCCGGUGCCGCUGCCCCUGCGGCUGUUCCGCUGGAGCUGCGAGGACGACUGCAAGUACCACUGCAUGGAGGCGGUGGAGGCGUGGAAGGCACGGGCGGGCGGGCAGCAGGAACACGGCGGCAGUCCCCAGCUGCAGCGGCUGCCAGUGGAGAAGUAUCACGGCAAGUGGCCGUUCCGUCGGGUGGCGGGCAUGCAGGAGCUGCUGUCGGUGCUGGCGUCACUCGCCAACUUGGCCGCACAUGCGGUGUGCUUGGCGCGCCUGCGGGCGCGGGCCGGGCGGGGUGUUUCCAGGGUACCAUCGCUGCCACCGAGCGCAGGAAUGGCAGCCACUCGCUCGCCUGGUGGUGUCGGGACGGGCGGGCUGGACGGGGCACUGUGCCGGCUGCCGUACCCGUUUCUAGGGCUGUGGACGGCCUACUCAGCACUGCACUUGAAUGCGUGGUUAUGGAGCGCGCUGUUCCACUGCCGCGACACGCGCACCACGGAGCGGCUGGACUACUGCUCCGCCGUCGCAGUUGUGGCGGCGGGACUGGCAGCGGCAAUGGCGCGCCCCUUGUGGGGCCGCACGCGGCGGCGACGGGUGGCGGCGGUCACGGCGGUGGCGGGCGUGGUGGCGGGCCUGAUCGCACAUCUGCGGUACAUGCUGACUGUCAAAUUCGAUUAUGGCUGGAACAUGCAGGUGUGUGUGGCCGCGAGCGUGGCCACCGCCCUGAUUUGGCUGGUGUGGGUGUGGGCUGUGCGCCACCCCGCCCGCAGCCGCAUGACGGCCUUUCUGCUGUUGGCGCAUGCGGCGAUGCUGCUGGAGGUUCUGGACUUUCCGCCACCCACAGCCAGCGGUCGGCUGCUGGACGCACACGCCGCGUGGCACUGGGCCACUGUGCCGCUGACGGCGUUGUUCUACAGCUGGCUACAGGCGGAUGCAGACUGGUGCCAGGCGGGGCUGGCGCAAGGGGGUCAGGGCGGCGCGGACGGGGGCGAGGCAGGCGCGAGGGGCGGCGACGCUGGUGCUGUUGGGCGGAUGCUGGAGGCGGCGAAACACAAGGCGGUGUAACAGGCGGGCGCCGGACUCUUCAAUGUGUUUGGAGGGGCCGAGGGGCCAGCCAGGGGCGUGCGAGGCAGCGUCCCCUUAGCGCUGUGCGUAUCUCCAACGUCAAUCAAUCCACAAGGUCCCCGCACCUGCAACAGCGGCACCCCUAAGUUCUCUUUCUCAGUUCCGGUCCUGUCGCCUGGGCAGUGGGCACCACUUGGCCACGCCAAUCCUUGGGGAGGGGCUGGCCCAUGGAGAGCGGCAGCAACAUGCACGGAUGCACAACGAUGAUGGCAGAUACUGAAGACAGGACGGACGUGACCGAAGACGACUGGACAAUCCCU